AUGAAGCAAGCCUUGAAAAGAGCAUGCACGGACGCUUUGGCAAUUUCUUCAGCGAACACGGAAAAUAGCAGUCUAUACACGGUGGAAACAGCAAUUAAGGUCUUGGAGGACGAUGGAAAUCUCAACGCAGGUUACGGUUCAAACCUAACGCUAGACGGCACAGUAGAAUGCGAUUCAGCGGUAAUUCACUCGCCUAGUAACAUCAAGCACGGUGUUGAAGCCUUCUUCGGGAGCGUCGGUGCCAUUUCUGGGAUUAAGAACCCCAUCUCUGCAGCUCGCGCGGUGCUUGAGCACUCGAAGGUAAAAGACACCCUGGGCCGUGUACCACCUCUAACACUAGUCUCAUCUGGGGCACACACCUUCGCCACAGCACGAGGAGUGGAGAGCGUCGAUCCAAGCACCCUCAUUACACCCUCCGCUAGGAGCCAGUGGGAGAAAUGGAAAGCCCGUCUCGACUCGACGGACGAACCUUCCGGUUCGCUACUAAGAGACGAAGAAGAGGAAGGCCUCACGGACGUCCAAGACACGGUCGGUGCGGUGGCAUUCCAUACCGACGACGGGUUCGCUGGUGGGGUUUCUAGUGGUGGAGUAUUGUUGAAAUACCCUGGAAGAGUCGGAGAGCGACUUUCGGCGCAGGGUGUUGGGCUUCCCAGCCUCGAAAUUCGAACAGUACUGGAGUGGAAGGAAUGUCUUGCAGUAUCUCCGGUUGGUCAACCCCCUCUCAUGCUCAUCGAAUUACGAGAAGCUGAGUGUUCCCGGAUUGGGGAAGCUCUACGACCAUCAACCUCCGACGAAGACGAGAAAGACCCACACGAUAUCUUAAACAGGCUCUUAGUAGAGUUUUGGGAGAUGGCCCGGAGACGCGGCGAAGAGUCUCCAUCGGUGGGUGCCAUUGUGCUUACAGCAGAGGUUGAUGGCGACGGAGGGACAUCUGUGCGCCUAUGGUGUGCAUUUACGACAGCGAGCAUGGCCAUAGGGUAUGCAUCCACUGGGAAUCCGAAGGCCAGGGCUGUCAUCUUCCGUCAUCCCAACCCACACCGAGAACGAGGCGAAGACAGGCCACAGAUAUUCAUAACGUCGUUGUCAUUAUAG